AUGCAACUAGGAUUUUCAGAAACUCUCCCCACUCUGGUCGCAAGACGCUUUACAGCAGCCCGGGAUUCUGGUCAUCUCGUGUUCUCCCCAACGCAUCUGUCCAUCAUUAAUACUGCAGGGAUAUCAUAUCAACUUCGCUACUGCCCUGCCCUCGCAAAGAAACCCUCCAACCUAAAGCCCGACAAUGGCACACAAACACCAAAGCCCGAUCCCUUCGAGAAUCCAUCUGCAGAUCUUCUGAUCGCUCAGUUCCCGCCCGAGAACCCCGCCUACAACCUCAUCCUCAACAAAUUCCCCGUCAUCCCGAACCACUUUCUCCUCGUGACAAAGGCCUGGCAGGCACAGACCGAUAUCCUCGACAAAGCAGACCUAGAGGCUACAUAUGAGUGUCUACAAGCCUGGAACACCGACGACGAUGGAUCUAGACUCACAAACGGCUCGUCUCCAAAGAGCCUCUUCGCCUUCUUCAACUCCGGCGACAACAGCGGUGCAAGCCAACCCCACCGCCAUCUCCAAUUCCUCCCCGUUGAAGCAAUGCGUCAGCCGGGCUCGGAAUCCUGGCACCCACUGAUCGACCUCCUUACCUCCCAACCAACCCUCCCCUCCCCAGCGCCAAAGUUCCAGCACCUACCGGGUCUCCCCUUUGCCCACUUUGCACUCCCAAUCCCACCGUGUCCCUCGGCUGAAAACCUGCACGCAAUCUAUAUCACCCUCUACAAGGCUGCCGCCGCGGCGACGCGCGGACGGACGCUAAGCCAGGACACAGAGCCGCUUUCCACACAAGGACUGGCGUCCAUCAGUUACAACCUGGCCAUGACCCGCUCGACAAUGAUGAUUUGCCCACGCAGACAGGAAACGGCAUUGGUCCCCGUCGAUAGCGCGGCGACGCGGGACAUUGUUGACCCUGGCGUGCUCUCGCUGAAUGGCACCAUCCUUGCAGCGACGUUGAUGGUCAAGGCUGAGGGUGAGUGGGAUGCUUUGCGUGAGAAUCCGGAGCAUUUGACGGAGGUCCUUGCCACGAUUGGAUAUCCUCGUACGGACUCUCGUGUAGCUUCGCUGUGA